CGCGGCGGCGGCAGCGGCGGCGGCGGCCCCGGGCGCGGAACGGGAGCCCGGCGCGGAGAGCGGCGAGCGCAGCCAUGCCCCAGGCCGCCUCCGGGGCAGCAGCAGCGGCGGCCAGGGCGCGGGCCGGGGGCGCCGGGGGGCCGGCGGCGGCCCGGAGGGAACGAUGAAGCGGCAGAAUGUGCGCACGCUGGCUCUCAUCGUGUGCACCUUCACCUACCUGCUGGUGGGCGCCGCGGUCUUCGACGCGCUGGAAUCAGAGCCCGAGAUGAUCGAGCGGGAGCGGCUGGAGCUGCGGCAGCAGGAGCUGCGGGCGCGCUACAACCUCAGCCAGGGCGGCUACGAGGAGCUCGAGCGCGUCGUGCUGCGCCUCAAGCCGCACAAGGCCGGCGUACAGUGGCGCUUCGCCGGCUCCUUCUACUUCGCCAUCACCGUCAUCACCACCAUCGGCUAUGGCCACGCAGCGCCCAGCACGGAUGGCGGCAAGGUGUUCUGCAUGUUCUAUGCGCUGCUGGGCAUCCCGCUCACACUCGUCAUGUUCCAGAGCCUGGGCGAGCGCAUCAACACCUUCGUGAGGUACCUGCUGCACCGUGCCAAGAAGGGGCUGGGCAUGCGGCGCGCCGAUGUGUCCUUGGCCAACAUGGUGCUCAUCGGCUUCUUCUCGUGCAUCAGCACGCUGUGUAUCGGCGCCGCCGCCUUCUCCUACUACGAGCACUGGACCUUCUUCCAGGCCUACUACUACUGCUUCAUCACGCUCACCACCAUCGGCUUCGGCGACUACGUGGCUCUGCAGAAGGACCAGGCGCUGCAAACGCAGCCGCAGUACGUGGCCUUCAGCUUCGUCUACAUCCUCACGGGCCUCACGGUCAUCGGCGCCUUCCUCAACCUCGUGGUGCUGCGUUUCAUGACCAUGAACGCCGAGGACGAGAAGCGCGACGCCGAGCACCGCGCACUGCUCACGCACAGCGGGCAGACGGGCGGCGGCCUGGGCGGCCUCAGCUGCCUGGGCGGCACCGGCGACAGCGCGCACACCACGGACACCGCCUCGUCCACGGCGGCCCCCGGCGGCAGCGGCUUCCGCAACGUCUACGCCGAGGUGCUGCACUUCCAGUCCAUGUGCUCGUGCCUCUGGUACAAGAGCCGCGAGAAGCUGCAGUACUCCAUCCCCAUGAUCAUCCCGCGGGACCUCUCCACGUCCGACACGUGCGUGGAGCAGAGCCACUCGUCGCCGGGAGGGGGCGGCCGCUACAGCGACACCCCCUCGCACCGCUGCCUCUGCAGCGGGACGCAGCGCUCUGCCAUCAGCUCGGUGUCCACGGGCCUUCACAGCCUGUCCACCUUCCGCGGCCUCAUGAAGCGCAGGAGCUCCGUGUGAACCCCCGCAGGGCCUGGACCACCUGCGAGCGGGGCGGGGGCUCCUGACCCGAGGAGCAACGGGGGGUCAGCCAGGAGCACCCCCACCAGCCGCCUUCGGUCCUUGGGAUGCCCCCAGUGUCCCGCCACCACUGUCCCCCACCCCAUCUCCGACUGUGCCUGCUCGCACCAGCUGGCAGGAGACCGGGCUCAGAGGACUCCUGGAGCCCCCAUCCGAGCCCUGCAAAUUCCAAGAAAUGUGAAACUUGGGGGGUCAUAGAGGGAAGGCAGAAGCUGGGACGGAGCCUCCCAUCCCUUUGGAAAUCUAAGAAGCUCCCCAGUCCUCAGAGGCCCUGCUGGUACCCAGACCCCCACCUCCCCAGGGGACUUAGUGCUCCAAGUUGGUUUGCAUCUCUCUAUUUAUACCUCUGUCCUGCCAGGUCUCCCACCUUCCCUUGGCUCCAAAAGCCAGGGUGUCUUUGUCCAGGUCACCCCCCACUCAGUCCCACCCCUCACCCCCUCAUCCCCAGCUGUCUCCCAGCCUCCCACUACCUCUGUGUUGUUUUGCAUGGCUUCACCGAUGAUAUGGAGAAAAUGGAAACCUCAGCAGUCCCUAAAGCUAGUCCCCAGAGGGCAAGACAGAAAGAAAGGUCAGGCAAGUGGCAGGAGGGGGAGAGGGAAGCAGGGGAGGAACAGGCCCUAGGGCUUUGGGCUGCAGGGCAGUGGCACUGGUAGAUGAGACCUAAGGACCUCCAGUGCAUUCUCUGGGGGAGGAGAGGACUCCAGCCUUCCAUACACUGCCCUUGAAAUCUAGAACAGAACACCAACUUACCACCCCUGGCUGCUACUGCUAUUCGUUACCAACUCUUACAUUUGUGGAGUGGGUUUUUAGCUUCCCCAAACCCUGUCUCCUCUAUUCAUUUGUUUGAGUCUCACGACACUCCAAAUAGUUCACCAGGGCCAAAGUUCUUAUCCCUAUUUCAUAGAUGAGGACACAGGUAAAGUGUCUUGCCCAAGGUAACAUGGAGAGCAAAAGGCAAAGGGGAACAAGAACCCUCCCGCCUGUUCCUAGCCUGAGUGCUGCUCCUUCCAGCUUAGAAGCAAGGCUCCCACUCCACACAUGCAGCAUCUGUGGGUGGCUGAGGCUUAAAACUGAACCACAAGCCCCGGUCAGGGCCCCUGCUGACUCGCAGCUUCUGUCCUAAGGCAGAGACUCCAAAGGGGCCCUUGUCUCUGGGCCAUCUGCUUACUAGCAGGGAAGUCCCUAGGACCAAGGUAAGCAGUUCUAGGUCAGGAACUGUGUCUCUAGGUAUUUGGAAAUUGGGCAGAGGGACAAAGACAGCCGGUAGGGACAUGGUCCCUAGCCCCGCAGCAGCCAUUAUAGGUACCUGUGUUCCAAGUAGCUACAGAUAAGUUACGACCACAGUCAUGAAAGCCCCUUCCUGCAGGAGGCUUGGACCUCUGUGCCCUCUGCCUGCCCCACCUGCAACUCAGGCUCAGGUGGAAUGCGGCAGGUGGGGCACACCCUCUGCUCUCCCCACAGCUAGAGCUGGGAGAGUGACUGGAACAGCAUCAAGGUGGAGAUGAGGGACCUCUCCUCCCACAGCUUGGCCUUCCCGUGCUGUUCCAGGGUCAGCUCCCCAAUUCUGCUGAGCAAGGUCAGCCCUGGCAUUCAGCGAAGCUGGAGGGAGGGGCCCAAAAGAACAGCCUAAGGUCCCACCUCAGUGAUGUCCUCUAGGCCCUGGGAACCCCAAGAGGGAAGAAGUGUGACCUGUCUGCGAGUGCCAUUUCAGUGCAGAAGACCUGGCCCUGGUGUCAAGUGGGGUGGGACCCAGGGCCUAGAAGGGUGCCCUCUGUUUUUGUGUUGGGGGUGGGGGACAGUGCUAGCUGCCUCUGUCCUGUGUAUGACCCUGCCCUCGAGGGGUCAAGUCCCGUCAGACCCGAGGGAACCAUAACCAAAGUUGCAGAGAGAUGGUGGGGAAAGAGGCAGAAUGCCCUGGGGCGGAGCACGGCAGGCUGCUGGCCUCCAGCUGGGUCUUUCCUAGGGAACUGGAAGGCCACCGUCACUUCCCCAUCUCACCCCACACACCCUGCAGGCAGCCUUUCUGCUUCCCCAAUGCCUUAUGCCUGGGCACACUGCCACAGAAUAUGCAAUAUGUGUGGGUGACAAGUCCCCACACCCACACCCCACCCGGGCAGCCCCUGAACUCCCCAGGCUGUGGCUGCCAGGCCUCCCCUCGGCUCCCCUGCCUAUCUGUCUUCACACUGAGAAUGGCGCCUAAUAAAUGCUGUCCAUGGAGACCA